AUGGCGAGUUCUUGGCUGUUGACCGUCUUGCUCGCCGCCGCAGUGUGCCCCCAGGCAGUCGCCCUGUCGCACACUAACGCGAAACUCAACAAGUCUUUCCACCCCUCUUUUGCCGCGGCAUGCCUCGAGUGCAAGACGUUUGCCGGUGACGGAGGUGGGUGCAGCGCCGGGAGUUGCUCGAGCGGGUACUGCUGGUGCCCGAAGAUGCUGAUGCCGCUGGGCACCGGGGGUGGAGCAGGGAGAAACCCGCCGCAGCCGCGCGAGACAGCCGACCUCCCGUCUGCGAUCGCCGCGUCGACCAGCGCGCAGAGCGGAGUGAACUGCGCCGGCUAUGCGAAGUGUCCGAAGGAGGUGGUCGUGGGCCCCUCCUAA